AUGGGUUUGCGUGCUGUAUGCAGCACACAGACAAUGUGGAAGGAGACUGUUUUGGCGCAAGAGCUGUCUUUGGCAGAAGAGCGUCAGACAGUAAAAUUGCAAGAACUCAGCGAGGCGGUUGAUCAGGCGGAUGUUGUCGAGGACUUGCAGGUGCUGCAAAGUCGCAUCCAACAGUUGCAGUUGACCUGUUCGCAAUUGGAGCUGCCUCAUGACGGGGAGGUGGAUGUCCUCCAAGAUUUGAAGGCUGAGGAAGAGGAGGCACAAGAAGCCUUGAGGAGGCAACGACACAGCGAGCAAGCUGCCCACAAGGAGCUGAGCGCUCUGCGGCAAAGUCUCGCAGAGGUGAAAAACUCGUGUGACGCCUCGAACUUUGAACCAGUUGAAGAGGUGGUUCUUCAAGCAUUGCGCUCUGAACUUCCGGAAAAGUUGUCGGUUCCUGGCCAGACCUUGUCAGAAAUCUUGGAGAUCAUGGAGUCUGAGAAAAAGCAAGUCGCAGCCGAGUUGAGGGAAGACCAGGAGCAAGUCCAGGCAUGGCAGAAGGCCAAAGAGCUUUCCCAGAGCCUGGAGCACUUGGAAGAGCAUCAAGGCCUCCUGCGGAAGCGUCAUCUCCAGGUGGAGCAGGAGCGGAAACUCGAAGGUCAGGGCCUGAGUGACUUGGAGGAUCUUCGUGCAGAGGCUGCUGCGUUGAAGGUGGAGAACCAGCUGUUAAAUCGGCAGCAGGUGGAGUGGCGACGCUCGCAGUCUUUGAUGUUGAGGCUUGCCGAGGAGAUGCAGAAGAAUCCUUCACAGGUGGAAGCUGUUGCCGAUGAAGGACCAACGGCGGCUGAACUUGAGCUGCGAAAGGUACUUCAAAGCAAUCGAGAUCUGCAACAGCAGAUUGAGAAAAUGCAGAAAGAGAAGGAAGAGCUAAUGCAGGGCCAAAGAGGGCCCCAAGCUCAGAUGGAACAAGAGGACGACGAGGAGGACGACGAGGAGGAGGCCAACGGUGGAGAUGGCGAAAGUGACCAAGGUCAGUUGCUAUCCACCGUCGCCGUGACCAAAAAGGAUGCUGUGAUGCAUGGUGAAGGGGAUGAGAUCCCGGGCGUGCUUUCCCAGAGCCUGGAGCACUUGGAAGAGCAUCAAGGCCUCCUGCGGAAGCGUCAUCUCCAGGUGGAGCAGGAGCGGAAACUCGAAGGUCAGGGCCUGAGUGACUUGGAGGAUCUUCGUGCAGAGGCUGCUGCGUUGAAGGUGGAGAACCAGCUGUUAAAUCGGCAGCAGGCGAGCCAUCCUCCCUUGCUACGGUGGAAGCUGUUGCCGAUGAAGGACCGCAUUGACUGGACAGCAACGAUUGCGGCGGGACCAACGGCGGCUGAACUUGAGCUGCGAAAGGUACUUCAAAGCAAUCGAGAUCUGCAACAGCAGAUUGAGAAAACGCAGAAAGAGAAGGAAGAGCUAAUGCAGGGCCAAAGAGGGCCCCAAGCUCAGAUGGAACAAGCCAACGGUGGAGAUGGCGAAAGUGACCAAGGUCAGUUGCUAUCCACCGUCGCCGUGACCAAAAAGGAUGCUGCGAUGCAUGGUGAAGGGGAUGAGAUCCCGGGCGUGUAUUACCCCGACGCCGAGGAGCUCUACGGCGACGCCGAGGCCCUGGUGCAGAUGGAGGACACACAGCCCCUGACGGAGCCCAUCAUUACGCCGGUGCAGUCCAAGAACUUUGACUUGCUGGAGAAGAGGAUGCCGGACACAACCUUCGACUUCAACUUCUUGGCUGCCAUGAUGGACAAACCGAAUCUGGUCCGCAACAUUUGCUUUUUGGGUGCCAUGCACCAUGGAAAAACCACCUUCAUGGACCUUUUGGUGCUGAAUACCCAUGAGAAGGACUGGAAGGUUGGCAAGGAAAUCCGUUACACGGAUUCGAGACAGGAUGAACAAGACCGUGGCAUUACUGUGAAAGCUUCGUCCAUGAGUUUAGUCCUCCAAGAUUCCAAGGACAAGUCGUACCUCUUCCAUGCCAUGGACACACCUGGUCAUGCCAACUUCCAGGAUGAGGUCAUUGCGGCCCUGGCCAUGUCUGAUGGCGUCGUGUUGCUGGUGGAUGUGGUGGUCGGUCUCACGCAGCACAUUGAGCGUAUGAUGAAGCACGCGCUGCAAGACAAGCUUAAGGUGGUACUCGUGAUCAAUGGCUUAGAUCGUUUGAUCAUGGAGUUGAAGUUGCCUCCCACCGAUGCCUAUCACAAGCUUAGAUAUUGCAUCGAGGACAUCAACGAGACCAUGGAGAAGUUAUACGACUCGGUCGGUACAGAGGUGGAUGACCGUGUCUACUUCUCCCCACUGCGGGGCAACGUCCUGUUCAGCUCUGCCCAGUUUAGAAUGAUGUUCACCCUGGAAUCCUACGCAGCGAUCUAUGCAGAAACUCAUGGUUUCAGUUUUGACCAUCUCGUUUUCGCCAAGUGCCUUUGGGGAGACAUGUACUUUGAUGCAGAUGCGAACAAGUUCACCAAGACGCCCCCAGAUGCAGAGCAACCGCGCUCCUUCGUGCAGUUUGUGCUGGAGCCCAUCUACAAAAUCUUCGCGCAUUGCUUGGGUGAAGAGAAGGAAGACUUGCAGCAAACGCUGGCCGAGGUGGGAAUUUAUCUGCACAAGCGCGACUACGAAUUGGACGCGCGGUCGCUGAUUCGGAAGGUCUUCCAGCAGUACUUUGGCUCUGGCGGAGGUUUGCCAUCUUUCAUCGACAUGGUGGUGCGGCACAUCCCAACUCCUAAGGAGAGUGCCGAAGCUAAGGUGGAGAAGUUGUAUUCCGGAGAUCAAGAUGGCGCCGUGGCGCAGGAUAUGAAGAAUCUGGAUACCACAGGCUACUUGAUGCUGCACAUUGUCAAGCAGUACCACCGCCCCGACUGCAAUGCCUUCGACGUCUUUGGGCGCGUGAUGAGUGGUACAGUCUUCCGCGGUGAUCGAGUGAAGAUCCUGGGUGAGACCUACUCCUUGGACGACGACGAGGACAUGGCCAUCAAGGAGAUCCAGAAUUUGUGGAUUUUCGAGGGCCGGUAUCGUGUGGAAGUCAGUCAUGUGCCUGCAGGCAAUUGGGUUCUGAUCGGCGGAAUUGAGACUUGCAUCAAGAAGACGGCCACCAUCACAACGGCUUCCAACGAAGAGGAGGUGGAGAUUUUCCGACCUCUUCGCUUCCCCACCACACCAGUCAUCAAGGUGGCGAUUGAGCCUCUGCAGCCCGCGGAGCUGCCAAAGAUGGUUGACGGCUUGAGGAAGAUCGACAAGGCCUAUGGCUUGUCCAAGACCAAGGUGGAAGAAAGUGGCGAGCACGUCUUGCUGGGCACGGGGGAGGUCUACUUGGACUGCGUCCUGCAUGAUCUACGAAGGCUCUACGGUGACUUGGAGAUCAAGGUCGCCGAUCCCGUGGUGGAGUUCUGCGAAACUGUGGUGGAGACUAGCUCCCUGAAGUGUUUCGCGGAGACGCCCAACAAGAAGAACAAGAUCUAUAUGGUCGCAGAGCCUCUGGAAAAGGGUCUUGGCGAAGAUAUCGAGAAGGGGAAGGUGAGCAUCGAAUGGGAGAAGCGACGUAUGAGUGAUUUCUUCACCAAGAACUACGAUUGGGAUCUAUUGGCUUCCCGAUCGAUUUGGGCCUUCGGCCCUGAGGUCAACGGCCCCAACAUCCUUUUGGAUGACAGCUUGCCAACAGAGGUGAAUAAGAGCCUGCUGGCGCAAAGUAAAGACAGUCUCAUCCAGGGGUUCCAAUGGGCAACCAAGGAAGGACCAUUGUGUGAUGAGAAAAUCCGCAGCUGCAAAUUCAAAAUCCUCAAUGCUCAGCUUGCAGAGGAUGUGGUCUUGCGCGGCGGAGGUCAGAUCAUUCCCACCGCUCGCCGUGUCGCCUAUUCCGCCUUCCUUCUGGCCACUCCUCGCUUGAUGGAGCCUGUGAUGUUCUCAGACAUCGAAUGCCCGGCGGAUUGCGUGGCAGCAAUCUACAACGUCCUCUCGAGAAGGCGUGGGCAUGUGAUCCGCGAUUUGCCAAAGCCAGGAAGUCCCAUGUACUCGGUCCACGCCUACCUGCCGGCCAUGGAAUCCUUUGGCUUCGAAACCGACUUGAGAACACACACCUCGGGACAGGCCAUGUGUCAAACCUUCUUCGAUCACUGGGAGCAUGUGCCCGGUGAUCCUUUGGAUCGAUCAAUCCUAUUGCGCCCCUUGGAACCGGCGCCAGCUCCGCAUCUGGCGCGCGAGUUCAUGCUGAAGAUGCGCCGGCGAAAGGGCUUGAGCGAGGACGUGUCAGUCCACAAGUUCUUUGAUGACCCCAUGUUGCUUGAGCUUGCCAAGCAGGAUGCAGAGCUCAGCUCGUACUUCUGA